AUGGAGGAGAUGGGAUUGCCAGAAAGAUUGUUCGAGUCUGGAUUUGAACCUACUGGUAGAAAAAGGGUUCACAGUUAUUUUACUCUUAGAUGGGUUGAGCUUAUUAAACCAGCAAUUGAUCCAGAUUACAUCGACAUGUUGAGUCAAUCACAGUUCAAGAGUUUGAUGAAAAUGGGAGACCAUACUUUUUCUGUAAUGUUUGUCCAUUAUCUCCUUUCAAGACAGUUGGUGACCAAAAAAAAGUAUGAGCUGUGGUGGUUGUUUUCUGGUAAACCGGUGCGUUAUGGUAUAGAUGAGUUUGCUAUUGUGACUGGUUUGAAUUGUGAGGAACCAGAUGUUACCAUUUGUAAGAUAGCGAAGAAAAGCAAAGCGAUUAAAGGAAGGAAAAAGAAAGUUAAUGUGGGGAAAGAAAGAGGUCCUAUGUGGGUUGAAUUGUUCGGAGAAUCUGUUGAUCCCACUGUUUCUUGGAUUCUAGACAGGCGUGAGUCUUUUAUUAUGUCUGUUGAGAGUGCAAAGGCACGUACAGCAUCCCAAUAUGCUCAGAGCACAACCGCUAUUCAAGGAUUUGUGCAUGCUAUUGUACUCGUUGCUGCUUGUUCUUGUCCAGAAAUUGUUAAAUAUGAAGCUGCAGAAGAUUCUUCAUCAGCGGAUGAAGAAAGCAUUGAACAUGUUGUUAAAUUUGUUGUUGAUAGUAGGUUGAUGGUCAAUGUUGUAUCAGCUAAAGCAGUGGAUCAGAGAGGCCAGGCUUCUGUGAGAUCGACACUUAGUGAUUCAAUAAGUGGCAGUAUUUCGAAGAGUGUAUUUGAUGAUGAACAAGAUGAUCCUCAAGUACUGCAUAUGCUUGCUUUGAUUAACGAGGAUUUCCCAUUUGAACAUAAUUCAUGGUGUGGAGGUGUGAAAGCAUGUGAGGCUGUUGAAACGAAGGUUAUAGAUAGUAAUGAUGGUUAUGCAGAGGUAGAAGUGUCUACGGAGAUAUAUACUGCUCAUGCACCAUGUUUAUCAAAGGUUGUUAAUCCUAGUACUAUGUGUACUGCCGUAGCUGAUGAUCGUCUUGGUAAACAUUUCGGAAAAUUAAAGGAUAAUGGAGAUCGAGUAGAAUGUGUUGAUGUUUCUGCUCAGUUAAAAAAUUUAGCUGAUGCAUAUGAAGAUCGGACAGCGGAAAUGUUAAGAGGUGUUUCUGCUAGUUUUGAGUUUGUUGCGCACGUCAUCGAUAAGAUCUCGAAAGUUGAGACCAUCUUUGAGAACGACUGUGGCAAAACCUUCUACUGA